GAUUAAUAGCCGAUUUUGAUCGAUUUCACAUUGGUCUAAAAAAAAAAAACGUGUCCUUCACUGCACCCUCCUCCUCCUGUAACUGACCACUGGAAGUGAGAGAUCGUGUGUCUAUUUUUUCCCUGUAUUUUUUUUGCCACCUGUCCGAGUCAGUCCAGGAAAACUUCACACUCACAGAGUCAGAGCAACAACAGGAGAAAAGCAAAAAACUGAGAAAGAGCACGGAAAUAAAAAUGAAGUCUGUUUUUUAUCUGAUUCCUGUUCUGCUUCUCUUCUUUCUGUCAGGUUGCAGCGGCAGGAAUGAGGAGGAACGUCUCAUCCAUCACCUGUUAAAAGAGCGCGGAUACAACAAAGAGCUGCGUCCAGUGCAGAACAAAGACGAGACGGUGAUGAUUUAUCUCUCACUCAUGCUCUCCAACCUCAUCUCUCUGGAUGAAGUCACUGAAACUUUACUGACCAACGUCUGGAUGGAACACGGCUGGACUGACCCCAGACUUGCGUGGAACACGUCCGAGUUUGAUGACAUCAGUAUCCUGCGUCUGCCCUCCAACCUGGUUUGGCUUCCAGAGAUUGUUUUGGAGAACAAUAACGACGCCCAGUUCGAGGUGGCUUAUUACUGUAACGUCUUGGUGGACUCCACCGGCUUUGUGUACUGGUUGCCUCCUGCUAUCUUCCGCAGUUCCUGUUCCAUCAACGUCCACUACUUUCCAUUUGACUGGCAAAACUGCACCCUGAAGUUCAGCUCUUUAACUUACAACGCCAAAGAGAUCAGCUUAAAUUUAAAAGAGGAGGAGGAUCCUGAAACCAAGAGGAGCUACCGCGUGGAGUGGAUCAUCAUCGACCCAGAAGGAUUCACAGAAAAUGGUGAGUGGGAGAUCAUUCACAGACCUGCCAGAAGAAACAUCUACAAGAGCAUUCCUAUGGAGAGCAACAAGCACCAAGACAUCACCUUCUACCUGAUCAUCAAACGCAAGCCUCUGUUCUACAUCGUCAACAUGAUCAUCCCCUGCGUGCUCAUCUCCUUCCUGGCCUCGCUGGUGUACUACCUGCCCGCGGACAGUGGUGAGAAGAUGACCUUGUCCAUCUCAGUGCUCUUGGCCCAGUCUGUGUUCCUGCUCCUUAUAUCUCAGCGCUUACCGGAGACCUCCAUGGCUAUUCCGCUGAUCGUUAAGUACCUGAUGUUCAUUAUGGUUCUGGUCACUGUGGUGGUGUUGAAUUGUGUCAUCGUGUUGAACCUCCACUUCAGGACUCCCAGCACACACGUCAUGUCGGAGUGGACCAAAGAGUUCUUCCUGGAGAAACUUCCUCGUUUCCUCCGCAUGUCUCGGCCGGUGGAGAGCGAGCCGCGGUGGGAUGGAGCCCUGCCCAGACGCUCCAGCUCCGUGGGUUACAUCGCCAAAGCAGAGGAGUAUUACAGUGUCAAGUCCCGCAGUGAGCUGAUGUUUGAGAAGCAGUCAAAGAGACACGGGCUGACCACCAGGCCCACGCCCACCGCCGUGUAUAAAUCGAGCAGCAGCUCGGAGGUGAGCGAUCAGCUGUAUAAUGAGCUGAAGCCGGCUGUGGAAGGAGCGAACUACAUCGUCAAGCACAUGCAUAACAAAAACGACUAUAACGAGGAGAAGGACAAUUGGAGUGGGAUCGCCAGGACGGUGGACCGCCUCUGUUUCUACAUAGUGACUCCCGUCAUGACCAUCGGAACCAUCUGCAUCUUCCUGAUGGGAAUCUACAACCAUCCACCUCCUCUUCCGUUCGAGGGAGACUCGUUCACUUACAGAGAGGCGGACAGACGCUUUAUAUAAUCCAGCAGUGACACCGAGGAAGUCUUCUAGCUUUUUAUUUCUGCAUGAUUACAUUUCAGUAUAGUUUUCUCACUGUACUGUACUGUACUGUACUGUACUGUAUGGGAUGUGUGUUGGGAAUUCAGACCUGGAAUUUACGGUGGGAUUCAUGGUUUAUUUGUUUUUUGUUUUUUGACACCCUUGAUGGAACCGAACCUCUUGGUGUCCAUUUGAAUUGAGUU